GAGGCGGGGUCUUGAUGAAGCAGCGCCACUUCAGCCUGGCGGUGAGAGCGCGUGUCCGUCACGCGAUCCUCCCAGGUGCGCAGUUUGGAAGCGCAAAAAGCUGCUUAUUUGUAAACAAGUUCAGAAAAUCCUUUUUGUUCAAGCUUCAAAGCCUCGUUUCACUGUAACUGCUGGGAGCUCAGACAGGUGUGUAGCCUCCAUUAAACACUCCCAUGAAGUGUCGAGUGAGCUUCACCGUUUAUAUUUCCGCCUUUAUUUCCGGAUAUCUACAAGAUCUUCCUUAAACAUGUUAAUGUGCAGAUUUCUCUGUACAAGCUUGAAGUAGCAGGAAAAAACCCAGCUUUACUCUGUAAACUUUACUCGCUGUGUGAACAGACACUGAUGGGUAGGCUUAUGAAGCUGAAGAACUGACAGCAUCAAUAUGGCUUCUUCAAAUCAGCCUGCAAGAGAUUAUGUCAGAAAUGCUCAUGAAAACCUGGUUGGACAUCUACAAAACCUGCCUCUUAUUGUUGAAAAACUUCUCCAACAGAAUGUUUUCAAUGGCAGAGAAGUUAGUGAAAUUGAGGCAGAACCAGAAAAGUACAACAGAACCAAGAAGAUACUGGACUUGGUCUUAAACAAGGGUGAAGAGGCCUGCUAUCAGUUUCUCAGAAUACUGGAUCGUGAGAGGAAAUCAGUCUUCCCAAAGCUGGAUUUGUCUAGCCAGACUCCUGAUCUACAUACAUGGAUUUCCUUGUUCUCAUUUAGUGAUGAGCCUGAAGAUGAUUAUAUUCAGGGACCUGUCUCAUGUCAUCAGUUGCAGAAGGAUUUGAAGACAAGAACAAAACAAAUUCUUGGUCAACAGUGGAAGCAAAGCCUGCAGUUCUAUGGAGGAAAAGCACAAGAAAACUUCACCUUUAUUCCUCUGGUGUUGGAUACAGAGACAGAAAAGAAUAAAGCCCAUACCAAAAUCAUACUCAAGAGCAAGAAAUCUAAAAAGUCCCGUUCCAAAAAGAUGAAGGCCUACAUACCAAGAGACACACGGGGAAAAUCCCCUGAAGAUUUGCUUAAUAGCAGGGAGAAGAGUAUCCUCAUAGUAGGAAAACCUGGAAUUGGGAAGACAGCAGUUGUUCAACAGAUGUUGCAUCACUGGGCAGAGAGACAUGACAGAAACCUUGAUUUUGUGUUUUAUUUUGAUGAAAACACACUGUCAAAUACCUCAACUAUAGUUAGCUUAGAAAAUCUUCUGCUUAGCACAUUUUUAAUGUCAAAUCCACAGCUUAAAGAAAAUGCUGAAGAAAUUUUGCAACAUCUUCAAGAAUAUUCUGAAAGAGUCACCAUUGCUUUUGAUGGAAUCAGAGAUUUUCAGGACAACACGAUUUUGCUGGGGAUCAUGCAACAUGAACUUCUGCCUGAAGCAAAGAUUGUGGCAACAUGCAGGCCUGAAGUAGAGGAUGAGCUCUCUGACUGGCCAACAUGCAAAGUUUAUGUUAAAGGUUUCAGUGAAGAGUCAAUUUAUGAUUUUUUUAGGAAAAUGUCAGAUAAUGAUCCAGACUUGGUAGACAGUGUAAUAAACAAUCCUGCACUCUUCAGUCUCUGCCACGUCCCUAUGUUUGCUUUUAUGACGGCAACCUGGAUUGCAUACUACACUUCUGAAGAAGCACAGAAGCCAUGCACAACUAGUGAGCUGUAUGUGCGAAUUUUUCGUCACUGUCUACAGAGACACGGAAAUAAGAAACUGCGGCACUUAGAUGGACACAUUAAAAACUGCAGAGACACGGUCUUAUCUUUAGCAGAGAGUGCUUUCAGUGCAACCAAGUUAAAAACGAAUAACCUGGAGUUUGAUUAUGAUGAGAAAGGCAUUGCUGGUGUUUUCCUGAGGUCAGUCUCAGUUGGGUCACCAGCACAUGCCAGGACAUUUUGUGCAUUUCUUCACAACACAAUGCAGGAAUUUUUUUCUGCUCUCUGGCUUUUAGAAAAAACAGAAAUACUUGAUGAGGUACUCCAUCUGUGCCAGAAUGAAGACAGUAAGCACAUGAAACAUGUAAUUCCUUUCCUCUGUGGACUUCAAUCACAAACCAACAUUGAUCAUCUGAAGUGUCUCUUUCCAUUGAACAAGGUCAAGGAAAAUAUUGAUGGUUUCUUUGAGAAGGUCUUAAACACUUUUCUCCAUGAUGAACCAGAUGAAGAAACUGUUGACAUUGCCUUCAUAUGUCAGUGUCUGUAUGAAUUUCAGUCACCUGAAACCUGUUGCUCAUUUCUAGAGAGAAUAAACUAUCAUCUAGAUUUGAGUGAGGAACGUCUCGACCCUUACACCUGCUAUGCUGUGUCCUACGUAAUCAGCCAAUCCAGUAACCAACAGGUUCAUCUUGAUUUGGAGAACAGUACUGUGUCUCUCUCAGGGCUGAAGACAAUUUUCAAACAUUCACAAUGUCUAAGGGAUUUAUCAACAACACUCUGUCAGGUGUGGACAGUUUCCUUGAAACAUGAGCAGUUGGAUUAUUUGAUACAGCUCCUGCAAUUACUGGGGAAUGAGCUCCACCUUCUGAUGAGCAGUGAUACAGGUGUGCUUAAGCAAGCUGGAAAAAUCAUAACCCGAAGUGCAGAACAAAUAAAUCUCUAUCUACACUGUGAUAAAGACCCACACCAGCUCACAAAUGUUCCUUACGACACAGUGUUCUCAUGGCUGCCACACAUCGGCUCUGUCCAGUUUUACUCUGAACAGGGAGAAAAAGAACAAGAAAAGAGAUGGAGAACAUUUAAACUGGAUUUGUGUCUGCAAGCAGUUCUACACCAACCACAAAACUUCUGGCAAACAGUGCAGAAAGUGAUGCCAUUUUAUUAUAAAAAAGAGACUGACUUCCUGCUGGCUCUGUACUCACAUGUGAAGCAGUAUGAGAGUAAAACAGGCAGGAGUGUCCUUCCAGCAUUGCUGCCAGUUUACCAGUCACUUCCUGCAGUCUGGUCCAUAAAGCUCUCAGAGAGAAAAGCCUCCCUCCUCCUAGAAGUGCUGAAACUCCAAACAGAGAAGAAACCAGUGGAGCUGAGAGACUGCUCAGAUGAAGAGAGUGAAGUGAGGAGUUUCCUUCAGUGUCUGCCCUACAUCUCACAGCUCAGGUUUAAAGAAUUUGAUCCUAAACAGGGAGAGAAAGAACAAGAAAAGAGAUGGAGAACAUUUAAACUGGAUUUGUGUCUGCAAGCAGUUCUACACCAACCACAAAACUUCUGGCAAACAGUGCAGAAAGUGAUCCCUUAUAAUUAUGAAGAACAGAGUGAUUUCCUGCUGGAUCUGUACUCACAUGUGAAGCAGUAUGAGAGUAACACAGGCAGGAGUGUCCUUCCAGCAUUGCUGCCAGUUUACCAGUCACUUCCUGCAGUCUGGUCCAUAAAUCUCUCAGAGAGAAAAGUCUCCCUCCUCCUAGAAGUGCUGAAACUCCAAACAGAGAAGAAACCAGUGGAGCUGAGAGACUGCUCAGAUGAAGAGAGUGAAGUGAGGAGUUUCCUUCAGUGUCUGCCCUACAUCUCACAGCUCUGGUUUAAAGAGUUUGAUUCAGACUCUGCAUCCAUCCGGUUUUUCCUGAAUCUGAGCAUCGCAGCAGUCGACUGUCAAUCAGAUAAAGGAGAGAGUUUUACUGAGCUGCUGGCGUCAGUGUGCAGCUACAGCACAUUCCCUUUUGGUGAUGAGUUUGAUGAAUUCCAAGAAGAACAGAGUGAUUUCCUGCUGGAUCUGUGCUCACAUGUGAAGCAGUAUGAGAGUAACACAGGCAGGAGUGUCCUUCCAGCAUUGCUGCCAGUUUACCAGUCAGCUCCUGAAGUCUGGUACAUAAAUCUCUCAGAGAGAAAAGUCUCCCUCCUCCUAGAAGUGCUGAAACUCCAAACAGAGAAGAAACCAGUGGAGCUGAGAGACUGCUCAGAUGAAGAGAGUGAAGUGAGGAGUUUCCUUCAGUGUCUGCCCUACAUCUCACAGCUCAGGUUUAAAGAAUAUAUUUACAAGAAGCAAAAACAUGCAGAGUUCCUGAUGAGUCUCCUCCAUCACACUACAGAAAGUGACAGACACACAGGGGGAAAAUCACUGGAGCUGUUAACAUCACUGUGCACUCACAGAUCUUUUCCUUAUGGACAAAGCUCCAUGUAUAACAGUGAUUUCCUGCUGGAUCUGUACUCACAUGUGAAGCAGUAUGAGAGUAACACAGGCAGGAGUGUCCUUCCAGCAUUGCUGCCAGUUUACCAGUCACUUCCUGCAGUCUGGUCCAUAAAGCUCUCAGAGAGAAAAGCCUCCCUCCUCCUAGAAUUGCUGAAACUCCAAACAGAGAAGAAACCAGUGGAGCUGAGAGACUACUCAGAUGAAGAGAGUGAAGUGAGGAGUUUCCUUCAGUGUCUGCCCUACAUCUCACAGCUCAGGUUUAAAGAGUUUUAUUCAGGCUCUGCAUCCAUCCAGUUUUUGCUGAAUCUGAGCAUCGCAGCAGUCGACUGUCAAUCAGAUAAAGGAGAGAGUUUUACUGAGCUGCUGGCGUCAGUGUGCAGCUACAGCACAUUCCCUUUUGGUGAAGAGGUUCACGGAUUCCAAGAAAGACAGAGUGAUUUCCUGCUGGAUCUGUGCUCACAUGUGAAGCAGUAUGAGAGUAACACAGGCAGGAGUGUCCUUCCAGCAUUGCUGCCAGUUUACCAGUCACUUCCUGCAGUCUGGUCCAUAAAGCUCUCAGAGAGAAAAGCCUCCCUCCUCCUAGAAGUGCUGAAACUCCAAACAGAGAAGAAACUAGUGGUGCUGAGAGACUGCUCAGGUGAAGAGAGUGAAGUGAGGAGUUUCCUUCAGUGUCUGCCCUACAUCUCACAGCUCAGGUUUAAAGAGUUUUAUUCAGGCUCUGCAUCCAUCCAGAUUUUCCUGAAUCUGAGCAUCGCAGCAGUCGACUGUCAAUCAGAUAAAGGAGAGAGUUUUACUGAGCUGCUGGCGUCAGUGUGCAGCUACAGCACAUUCCCUUUUGGUGUAGAGGUUCACGGAUUCCAAGAAAGACAGAGUGAUUUGCUGCUGGAUCUGUGCUCACAUGUGAAGCAGUAUGAGAGUAGCACAGGCAGGAGUGUCCUUCCAGCAUUGCUGCCAGUUUACCAGUCACUUCCUGCAGUCUGGUCCAUAAAGCUCUCAGAGAGAAAAGCCUCCCUCCUCCUAGAAGUGCUGAAACUCCAAACAGAGAAGAAACCAGUGGAGCUGAGAGGCUGCUCAGGUGAAGAGAGUGAAGUGAGGAGUUUCCUUCAGUGUCUGCCCUACAUCUCACAGCUCAGAUGUGAAGAAAAGUUAAUUCCACGUUUAAGUAAAGCAGUUGUUGACUACGCAGAAGAUACAGAGCUGGUGAGAGCUUUCUUUGCUGCCGUGGACUUCAUCUUCAUUAUAGAUUGGGUUUUAACCACUCGUGAGUGCAGGGCUGUGAGGAAAGUGCUGAAUCUCUCAGACUCUAAACUCAAACUCACUCUGAAACCCCGGGCCAUCUCUCUCCGAGGAGUGAGACUUCUCUUCAGACACAUCACACACCUACAGAAACUCUGCCUGAGUGACCGUGUGGUAGGGAGGAUGGUCCGAGCAUUUCGAGCAGUGAGAGCCGGUGGCUCAUUGGUCAUUGAGGAGCUCUGUCUGGGCCUUAACAGCAUAAAGCCAAAGAAAGAGAUCUUCACAUUUCUGAGCAGUUUGUCUUCCCUCCUGAACAUCUGGACUGUUCACUGUGUGAACCUCACUGAGUGCAGGAUGGAGGCUCACUCUCUCAUCAGCCUCAUGUGUCAUCCUGGGAAUUUAAAUAUCAGAUUAUCUAAAGCGACUCUCCAGCAGUUUACUGGUCUGCUGUGUGAGGCGCAGGAUGGGGAACUGACCCGCUUUUUCCUGGAGAAGGUGGGAGGUGACCUGACUUCCUGUUCUCUCAGUUGGGAGGAGCUUAUCUAUCUUCUCCAGCAGCGAGUUUGCCGCAUUAGUGUGAACAUCAGAAAGAGCAAAAUCACAUAUAAACACGCCAGACAGAUUCUUCCUCUACUGUCUGAAAUUCAGUUUAAACGAUUGAACCCUGGUGUUGUGCUGUCAAUCAUCAGAGAGAUCUAUGAGACUGGUUCUGCUCACUGUGUGUCCAGUCUGUUGAGCUCAACACACAGCUGUAUCAACCUGAACAAUACAGAGCUGGACUCUUAUCACUGUACUGCGCUGUGCUUCACCCUCCAACACUGCACAUCUGUCUCUCUGAGCCUGCUGUGGACCUCCAUACCAGAGGGGGAGCUGGUGAAGAUUCUGCCUCUGUUCAACAGAGUUUCUCAGCUCAGUGUUGACAGGCUCCUGUUGCUGAAGUUGCUCCACUGCUGCAGUAUCUCUGAGCUCCAGCAGGGGGCAGCAGCAGUUGUCUUGGCUCUGCAGAACAGACUGGACUUCUCUUGUAGCACUGGUUUGGAUCUGAGCACAGAAACACAGGAUAACACUCUGCACCUGACCACUGAGGACUGUAGAGACAUCAGCACUGCCAUCCAGAAAUCUCACCAACUUACAGAGCUCAUUCUAGAGGACUGUGAGAUGGAGGACACUGGAGUGGACAUGUUCUUCCUCAUUCUACAUACUGUGAGACUGCGCUGUAGUAAACCUUUGUUGCUCCGGUUCCUGGAUCUUCUCCAUGUGGUGAAUGAGUCAGACUGUGUGAGGCGUGUUAUGUCCCUCUCCCAGGCUCUGGAUGGACAGAUGGACCUCAGUGAGACCCCUCUGGACCUCCAUGCCUGUAGAUCACUAGCGUUGUUUCUGGAAUUUUCUGAAGGUCUGUCAGAACUGGACCUCAGCCACUGCCAGCUCGCUCAUCACGGCCUGGAGCUGCUGUUCCCACACCUGCAUAAAGCAGCUGUCCUGGACCUGAGUCACAAUGACAUAGAUGAUCCUCUAGCAGGAAGAAUCUACACAGUUGUUUCCAGUAGCAGCAACAUACAGACAGUUCGACUCUUCAGUAACAGAAUUACUGAUAUAGAGCGUUUCCGAAAAGACAAGCGCUUCGAGAUCUGGUGAUGACUGUGGACCAGUGUCCUGUUUUCACACUUCUCCCUAAACAGUACAAGGAGUAAAGACUGAAGCAUAAACAGUCCUCAUUAUUAUCUUUUCUUAAUUCUAAUUUUAUUCUAUUAUUUAUUUAUUGGUUUUGUUAUCCUGUCCAAUUAUUUUGAAAUUUCAUGGAUUGUUAAUAAGUUAUGUUAAAUGAAAAUAAAAUAGACAUGUUAGGAUUUAAAAUCACGUUUUGGGAAGCACCCAGAAGGAAAGGAAACAAUAUUUGUUUUCUUUUUUCUGAAUAUUAAUAUUUUUUUAGCUGUUACAACAUUAAACAUGGAGCUGGACUUCACAAUA